AUGCUGCCUGAGCCUGACCCGCAGCAGGUGGUGUGUGAGGAAGCUGCUUGCCAGAGCCUGGGUGCGAUGUUGGAGCACUGCCUGUCCAGGUCCAAGCGGACCAAAAUGGGGUACUUCACAGUCCUGGUGCCUGAGCGGCUAACUCGAUGCAUUGCCCCAGAUGUCCUGUGGCUGUCGUCCACAGAGCCCUGCAGCCUUUGGAGCUGCGUGAUACAGGUACAGCUGGAGGUGGACAACAUGUGCAUGAGGCUGAGCCCGAUCGUGUGCAGGGCCAGCGUAGCACCCACAUUCGAGCUGACACUGGUGUUCAAGAAGGAGCAUGGCUCCUGGGGUGGCUUCAGGGACAUCUUUGGAAGAGGCUGUCUCUCCUUCAGCCAGGGGCGCAUUCUGAUUCUCAGCUCUGGCUUCCGACUUGUCAAGAAAAACUACUCUGCUGGGACCCAUAGCCGCUGA